AUGGGUGUCAAAGCUUGGUUCGUCUGUCUUCUGCUUCUGGAGCCCUGGUGCCAGAGAACCGGAGCAAUUUCCUCCUCUCAGGAAAGAGACUUUCCCCUCGGAGAGGCUUCCCUGCUUCCUGAUAGGAUCGGCGAGCAGCACAACCCCGAAGUCCAUUUCAUCUGGAGCAAGCUGGGUGCUCAGGCGAGGCCCUACAGCCUCUCCCUCUCCCCGGAUGACUACAACCACUAUUUACCCAAGCCCAAGCUCCUGCGUGCCACACGGCUGAUGAAACUGCUGGGCUCUUCCUACGACCCCUUCUGGAUGUCUCUCAAGGACCCCCGAGGUCUCAACACGAGCCUAAAAGAAGUGAGUGUCCUCAGCCAGGACUUGGCCGAGCGUACAGCACGCUUUAGGAAGAAGCUUCUGCAGCAGGCAAAGGGUUUAGAUCUUUCCAAGCUGCUGCCUGCUGAGGACGGGAUCUCCCUCGGCCUGAGCAAAAACCUCCUGCACCGCUUCCAUCAGUGGCUUGCGGAUAGUGCUACCUGCCACCUGAUCUCUUCCUGGGUGGACAUGGGGCCCAUCUUCUGGCCACGCUGGGUACGCCAUACGGACUGCGACCAGACUCACGUUGGGUGUUCUUGGCCCCCAGGCAUGACUUGCCAGCCUGCCCAAGUUACCCAGAUCAAACUCCUAGCGUGGCACUGCUGGGCAAGGAAAGACCACGUGCUGAGACCGGGGAAGUCCUCACAGCAAUGUGCUUGGAGGCAAGUCCCUUACCCUGUGGUGGCUACAUGCAAGUGUUCCUGCUGA